AGAUCAUUUUGAUUAACUUGAUAUGGUCACGCAAUGCAUGCAGGUCAUGAGGAGAAAUCUAUUGAGACUGGUACGCGUGAAGGAAUUUGCUCCAGAGGCCGAGUUUCGAAAACCGUCUCCUUCCUUUACCCUCCCAAAUGUCAUCUGCAGUUACUGCAAUGACUGUAGAGACCUUGACGUGUGUCGAGGUGGAGCAUUGGCUACUCAGGAGUGGCGAUGUGCUGUUCCUCAGUGCGGGCAACCCUACGACAGGGAAGCAUUGGAAAACGGUCUUCUUCAGAUCGUGCGGCAGAGGGAAAAGUUGUACCAUCUCCAGGACAUGGUGUGCCUCAAGUGCAAUCAGGUCAAGGCCGCGUAUCUGUCAGACCACUGUGCGUGUGGCGGGUCAUUCAGAUGCAAGGAAGACCAGUCUGAGUUCCGCAACAGAAUGGAGGUCUUCUCCAAUGUAGCUGUCAACCAAAGGUUUCAAGUCCUCCAAGAAUGCACUUCCUGGAUUCUCGAAAUCCGACAAUAAGCUCAAAGUGAGUAGAGAUAGAGGAGCGACGGCCAGCGAAGAGCUUACGGAUCCAGAUCGAAUUUCUUCAAUUCCAAGUAAUAUUUUUACGUUUUUAUUGCAAUUUACUUAUUUAUUUUCAUCAAUAUAUGAUUUAUUUUAGAAAAAUACAUUUUUAGGGUUAUG